AUGGGAGACCACCAUGAGCAGGAUCCGGAGCUGUGUACCCAGCAGCAGGAGGCCCACGAGCACGCCCACGCGAACGGCAACGAGACCAAGAAGGCUAAAAAAGGCUCUGGAAAGAGACUGAAUGACCGCGAGCGCGUGGAUAUCAUCCAAAUGGCCGAGAAUAGCAAAAUCUCCAAGCGUCAACUGGCCGAUAAGUUCGGCGUGAGCGAGGCGGCUAUUCGCAAGCUGCUGCUGAAGAAAGACGACUUCUUGCGACGUUACUAUGACACUCCCGAGGACAUUCGUGAUCAGCGGCUGCGUGGCAAGAGCACGCGCGUUCCAGCGAACACCUCGGACAGCUGCGAAGGUGCUGGUGGAUCCAUACAACGCUCAGGUGAAUCGACGCCGGUUAGUCAAUCGCCAUCUACUAUGCACGCUUCUAGUAUGGGUGUGUACCCACCUGACGAUCCAUGGAAGUAUGGGCUGCAUGCGAUGUUGACCAAGGUCACGCCGUUUUUAAAGAACUUUACCCAGAGCAGAAGAGAGCCGCACACGGCGUUGGAAGCGUCGAUUACUGCUACGGAUCAGGAUGUCAAGGCUUCAUCAGUGACGGCGGAAGAAGUGGCAAGUGUGGAGAAAAUGGACUGGAUUAGCUUUUCGCGCAUGCUGCGCGAUAUCCGACGCGCGCUCCAUCGAUAUCCCGAGACGGGAUAUCAGGAAGUACGCACACAGGCUUUUAUCAGGGGAUUCUGUGAAAAGGCGCUGCAGAUUCCGACUAAAAACAUCCGAGAGAUGGCGUCUACAGGACUUGUGGUGGACGUGUGCUACGAAAACGCGACCGUUUCGGCAUCGGAACCUCGAAAGCUGCCUGUCAUAGCCUUCCGUGCAGAUAUAGACGCGCUCCCAAUUGAAGAACUGAACGACCACUUGCCGUACUGUUCUACCCAAAAACAAGGCCAGAAGGAGUUUCGAAAACGUAAAAAGCGAAAGAUACCCACAACGCAGCCUUUGUCGCCGAAGAAAGAGACAGCGCUAAUUGAAACGGCUGAGCGUGUCCCGUCCGACAGCAACGAUGUUGCGCCAGACGGGACUUGCGAGAUAAGUCACGAUGUUGAAUCGAACGAUCCGACAGUAGGUCUAUUACCGGCUUCAUCGACUAUUACCACCACGACGAUCGGUGCUCCUCCUGUGCAUAGUGCUGCUGCGGAUGAUGAAGAAGAAUUUGUAACCUCUACAGCUGCGGCGCAUAUGUGUGGCCAUGACGGUCACAUGGCGAUGGUGCUUGGGCUUUGUGCAAUGGUAGUGCGGAGCGCACAUUUACUGCCGCGUGACACUUUCGUGCGUUUCGUGUUCCAGCCUGCUGAGGAAGGUCCUGGUGGGGCACAGAAGAUGAUUGAAGAGGGUGCACUGACCGACGUAGAUGAGAUUUAUGGGCUGCACAACGCACCGUUUCCGCUUUAUAGUAUCCACGUCCGACCUGGAGCUGUUAUGGCGCACGAAGUCGAAUUUUCGAUCGACAUUUAUGGCGUCGGAGGACAUGGAUCUGCGCCUCAACAAUGCGUGGAUCCGAUCCUUGCAGGUUCAGCUGUAGUGCAAGCUCUUCAGUCCGUUGUAAGUCGGUCAUUGUCUCCGAUGGAUACUGUGGUCGUAUCUGUUACCCAAUUCCGUGGUGGUGAUACGAACAACGUGAUUCCAUCUCGCGCGUAUCUUGCUGGGACUAUUCGCGACUUCGAUCUCGAAAUCGCUGAGAAAAUCAAGAACCGCGUGGCCAAGUUAGUCCAUUCAACGUGUGCUGCUUACGGUGCCACCGCAAGAGUGCACUUCCUCGAUGGCUACGCUCCUGUGAUCAACCCGCAAGUUGAAACGCGCCAAGUUCAGCAGAUCGCCAUGGACAUGGGGAUGUUUGUAAGCGAGGAGGGGUUGCCGCUCAUGGCUGCUGAAGACUUUUCGUACUUCUUGCAGGAGCGUAAAGGCUGCUACUUUUUCCUCGGUACGAAAGAAGACGGAGACUCGGAUAAGAUGCGCGCGUUGCACUCGAACCACUUCGACUUUAAUGACAAGGCGCUUCCGCUCGGCAUCCGGCUGUUCAUGGGUAUUCUCCAGUCCCGUUUCAAGUGUGAGCUGUACAGUAUUGAGGAAAUGCAGGCGUUCCAAGUCGCCAUGGAGCGCAUUAUGAUCAAUGUCACGAUGGUGUAG